AUGGUUGAGAUUUUAUCUUUGACAAAUAAUUUGUCACAAUCAUUGCAAAAGGGGGAUCAAGAUAUUGUGCAUGCCAUGGAACUUGUCCAAAUAUGCAAGAAAAAGUUGCAAGAAUUUAGAGAUGAUGGAUGGGAUACACUUUAUGAGCAAGUUGUGGCUUCUUGUGGUAAUGUUGAAAUUGAUGUGCCUGACAUGGAGUCUCGGUAUGUGAAAGAUAAGAAAUCCAAACGACUUGCUCCUUUUGUUACAAAUUUUCAUUAUUUCAAGAAUGAUUUCUUCUUACAUGUCAUAGAUGUGGUAUUGAAAGAGUUGAAUGAUCGGUUUACACCUGAAAAUAUUGAGUUGAUCAAUUGUGUUGCUUGCUUGAGUCCUUGUUAUUCAUUUGAAUCAUUUGACGUUAAAUCAAUUGUGAGAUUGGCAAGAUUGUACCCAAAUGACUUUGAGGAUCUUACUGAUAAGGAAUUGUCUAGUGAAUUGGAGACUUAUAUUGAGAGUGUCAAGAUGGACGAUCACUUUUCCAAUUUGACUGGCAUCUCGGAACUUUGUAGGACUCUGGUUCGAACAAAGAAGCAUAAGACAUUUAGGUUUGUGUACACACUUGUCAAACUAGCUUUGUCCUUACCGGUUGCCACUGCAAGUGUUGAGCGAGUAUUCUCGGGGAUGAAAUAUGUUAAGAAUGAGUUACGAAGUAGAAUGGCUAAUCCAUGGCUAAAUGAUUGCUUAGUGACAUUUGUGGAAAAAGAGGUGCUUAAUACAAUCGAUGAUAUGGAUAUCAUCAAACGUUUCCAAGGAAUGAACAAGAAAAGAAUGCAUUUACGAUUAGACUAG